AUGGCAAGCAUGAAAGAAGUGUUCAUCUACCCAGACUUACAUAUCACUAUCGACGAUGCCCCAAUUCCGGUCCCUGGAGACAACGACAUCAUCGUCAAGAUCGUCGUAGCGGGAGCAAAUCCAAUUGACUGGAAAGCUGCUGACGAGAAAGUUGCACAACUCAUACACGGUGACCUCAAAGCCCCUCUCCACCGCAAUGCGGGAAAAGAUUUCGCAGGUUAUGUGCAUGCUGUCGGAUCAAAAGUUCUCAACUUCAAAGUAGGAGACAGAGUAAUCGCGUUGAAUCAUAGCAGUGGGUUUGCUGAGUAUGGUGUUGGGCCUGCACAUACAACUGCCCAUAUUCCUGAUAAUGUGACCUUCGAAGAGGCAGCAACAACCGGGCUGGCUUAUACGACGGCGGCAUUGGGAUUGUUCAAGCACUUGCGAUUCAAAGGGCCAUGGGCACCGUCAAAGGUCAAGACGCCUCUCCUGGUCUACGGAGCCUCCUCUGCCACUGGAGCGUUCACAGUAAAGCUUGCUGCGCUGGCCAACAUCCAUCCCAUCAUUGCGAUAGCUGGCAAGUCUGGCGACAUCGUUUCCUCAAUCCUCGAACCCAGUAAAGGAGAUAUCUUACUUGAUUACCGCAUUGGCAAAGACGCCUUGGCUCAAGAAGUCCGAAAAUCAGCGCCGGAGCUUCACUACGUGGUUGAUUCCAUCAGCAACAACGACACGGUCGACAUGCUCUCCCCACUACUCGCCCGCGAAGAAUCAUCAUAUGUUUUCAUGCUCGGGGGACCUCAUCAAGAGCGACUUCCCGCAUAUAUCAAGGCCGAAACUCCCUUUGCGCCAGGGCUUUGGGAGCCAACAGACCCGGCCAGCCCAGACGGACCUGAGGGACUCAAUAUCGCACCAAAGGCAUUCACUCAUGCAUUCUUCUCGUAUAUGACCUUCGCUCUGCAGGAGGGCCUGUUGAAGGGUCAUCCGUACGAAGUCCUACCAAAUGGACUGGCGAGUAUUGGGGAUGGAAUGGUGGGCUUGCGUGAUGGAAAGAACUCUGGAAACAAGUAUUUGUUCCGUAUUGCUGACACACCGGGAUUGGGAUCGAAGUAG